CCCGGAGCUCGGCGAAGAUUAACUCUGCAGAGGCUUCCGGAUGAGGGUGUAGUAAACACGGCCUGCCAGGGACGGGCGCUGAGGGUGGACGAAGGGGUGGACCCAAAGUCCUGAAAUGCUGCGUUUGGAAGAGGUGCCGUGGAGCGGUAGGGUGUUGCUGAGUGCCCGGAAGAUGUCAGCCACCCCCGCUGUUGCCCGGAAGCCCUGAGGAUGUCCUGCACCCACCAGCAUGCCUGGAUGGUUCAAAACCGCGUGGUUCGGGCUGGCCUCUCUUCUCAGCUUCUCCUCCUUCCUCCUCCUCAUCGUCGCCCUGGCUGCGCCCCACUGGCGGAGCGGGAAAAUCCUCUGUCAGACUGGAGUGGACCUGGUCAAUGCCACGGACCCAGAGUUGGUCAAGUUCAUUGGGGACAUUUACUACGGGCUCUUCCGCGGGUGCAAAGUGCGGCAGUGCGGCCUCGGGGGCCGCCGGUCCCAGUUCACGAUCUUCCCACACCUGGUGAAGGAGCUCAACGCUGGUCUUCACGUGACAAUUCUACUUCUCCUCUUCCUGGCCUUGGCCCUGGCUCUGGUCAGCAUGGGCUUUGCCAUUCUCAACAUGGUCCAGGUCCCAUAUCGUGCAGUGAAUGGCCCUGGGGGCAUCUGCUUAUGGAACAUACUGGCAGGUGGAGCAGUGGCAUUAGCCAUCGCCGGCUUCAUGGCUGCGGUGAAAUUUCACCACCUGACGGAACGAAUCGCCAACUUCCAGGAGAGACUCUUCCGGUUUGUCGUGGUGGAAGAGCACUACGAAGAGUCAUUUUGGAUCUGCGUGGCCAGCGCUUCGGCCCACGCGGCAAACUUGGUUGUGGUGGCGAUCAGUCAGAUUCCCCUCCCAGAGAUCAAGACCAAAAUUGAAGAGGCCACAGUCACCGCAGAGGAUAUCUUGUACUAAUCGCCUCCCACACCCAAUCCUGAAUCUGUUCUGUAGUGUGAAUGGGGGUCCUCACUUCUCUGCUGCCUUCCCACUUCCUGUUCCCGCAGUAAGAAGAAGGAUGUGGAAGGACCCAGGGGGCGGCUGGGCCAGAGAGGAAAAACCUCCCAGAAUCCCCAGCAUUCCUGCUCUUCUCCCUCAUGACUUGGGGUUGGAGAUUCUCUUGCCUGCUGUGUGUGACAGUGGACAAUUCACUUAAUGACUACUGCUCAGCCUCCUCUGUAAAAUGGAGCUAGCUACAACUUUGUAAGUUUGUUCUAAGGUUUACAUGGGUGAUGAUGUUCGGAGCAGAACACUCUACAAACCCAAGGUACAAAUACAAGGUGGGAUGGAAAUAAACAGUGGAUUUAAACUUUUAAAAA